AUGUGCUCGAGGGGCUUCAGGCGAGAAAACGACCACGAACUGGAUCCAAUGGCCAACCUCUUCGAGAGGCAUGCAUCUGCGGCAGACGGGCGCUGCUGUUUGUGGCUUGGAGUGAUCAGCAAGACACGCAUACACACUGGCCGGCCCAAUCAACCCGGACGGGCGCUAGUCUCGUCAAUCGUGCCCACAAGCUGGGAACAAACGGCCUGUCGACAACCGACCGGCUGGCGAGGUGGAUACCGACAAGUCAGUGGUAUUUAG